UCCCCAUCGCCAGAGUCCGCCAUGGCCGACACUUGGGAUGACACCGCCCUACCUCCGAUGAGUUCGAAACAACUCAUCGUCAGCACUCGUCGCGCGCGCCCCGCCGAGACAUCACUCUUGUCCAGCACGUUGCGCGGCCCUUCCCGCCAGGGAGCUGUUCCUGUUCCUGCCGAGCCCCCGACCGUGGUUGUGCGCGGUUCCAGUACCCAUCGACGCACUGGCAGCACGUUGAAGACCGUCAUGCGCAAGAUCUUCACCCGCAAGACGCGCGGGGAUGAAAGUGUGUCUCCGCCACCACGGGGAGGUAGCACUAGUCCGACUAUGGAACGAUGCUUGCCGUCACAAGCUCUAACUUUCGGAUCUCAACAACAACAUCAACACUCCCCUCCGCUGUUUACGCCCUCCAAUGGCACGGUCACUUCAUUCGCGGAAGCUCUGCAGAAGCUGGACUCGCACCCACGACGGCGUCGGGCCACGCUUCCCAGUCUGAUCCUGUCGGAUGAUGGAUCCCGCGGUGCGCUCGAAGCCGCCGUUCAGGGCCGUCCUGUGAGCAAGCGCGGCAAUAGUCCUCAUGCUAACAGCGAUCCUCUUGAUGUCUGCCGUCGCCGGGAGCGCCAGCAGCUAAAGCGCCGGUCGCGGAGUGCUGCCGCCCUGCGCGGUCUGGCGCAGGAACACCACCAUCUGAUGUCGCCUAUCCAAUGGCGUCGGCGCAGUCUGGAGUCUUGCGCCGCGUCUACCGCCUAUGGUGCACCCUCGGAGGUCGACCGUCCACCAACUCGAACUACUGUCGCCAGUGCGCCGGCGCUGCCCACCGAGACUUCGGCCGCCGUGGAACCAGAGGCGGAAGAUGAGCCCGAGCCCGAGCCCGAGGAUCCGAUUCCGACUAAUGUCGGCACCCUCGUCACUUCAAUGCAACAGGACGAGCACAUCACGCUGGAGCAGCGGCUCAACAUCCUGGAAGUCAAGAUGAUCGACCUCGAGUUCGCCAUUGCUCGUCUGCAGACCGACCGCAGUGAAAGUCCCGCCGAAUCAAGGCAGGCUGCAUCACCCGUCAAGCGACAUCGUCGCAAACAAUCAUCGGGGCCGAACAAGAUGCCUCCGCCCAUCCCUACUCAAGACACACUCCUCCCGGACCGCCCCUCCAGCACAAGCACCCUUCGUCCGAACCAACUCCACCGCUCACGUACCUUACAAGCCCCCUCGUCGACAUCCCUAACCGACCACAGCACCAUCUCAGUCGAACAGUACAGCGCCUUGGUCAUGCUGCUGCGGCGCGAACAGACCGCCCGACGUAGCCUCGAGCAGCAGGUCGCCGGCCUUCGCGAGGAUAUGGAGCAGCUGACGCAGAUGGCGCGUGACUCGAUGGGGUUGGGCAUGGGGCCGAUCUACCCGAUUCCGAUCUCUGAUCUACAGGAUUUCCGACGUAUGCGGCCAGGUGGCGGGUUGUCGUCGAGCGAAUCUUCUCGGCCGGAGACAGUCGGUGUGCCCGGGGAAAGCGACUCGGAGUGGGAACGCAACGAGCUGUCGGGCAAUAAACCGCUGCCGGUGAAACCUGCACCGGAGGUGAUUUCGUCGCGAUGGUCGCCGGGUCGCCGAAUGGAGCUGGGUGGGAUGAUCUGA